ACAAAACUUCUCACCAACAACUAGGGUUUCUUGAUCUCCAUCUGUCCAUUCUCAACACCACCGCACCGCACCUCACCUCUCCACUCCACUCCACUCCACCCUCUUCGCGUCUACAAUUCAUAUCAGCGAAAUGGCCACCUCUCCUCUACCCACCUCGACCGGCUCCUCCAAGCUCGACGCCGCAAAGGCUACGAUUGGAGCCAAAGUCGAUCCGGCCGCGCCCACCGGCGUUGGACUGUAUGCGCGAUUCGCUUUCGCUGGUGCCGUCUGCUGCUCCGUCACCCACGGUGCCCUCACACCCGUCGAUGUCGUCAAGACCAGGAUACAGCUUGACCCCGCUACCUACAACACUGGCCUGAUCGGUGGCUUCAGAAAGGUUAUUGCCAAUGAGGGUGCCGGUGCCGUCUGGACUGGUUUCGGUCCUACCGCUGCCGGUUACUUCCUCCAGGGUGCCUUCAAGUUUGGUGGUUAUGAGUUCUUCAAGCAGCAGGCCAUCAACAUGGUCGGCUACGAGACCGCCUCCAACAACCGUACCGCCGUCUACCUCGCCUCCGCCGCCGUUGCCGAGUUCUUCGCCGACGUCGCCCUCUGCCCUCUUGAGGCUACCCGUAUCCGUCUCGUCGGUGACCCAACCUUUGCCAACGGUCUCGUUGGUGGUUUCAGCAAGAUUCUGAAGAACGAGGGUGUCGGUGCCUUUUACUCUGGUUUCGGACCCAUCCUGUUCAAGCAGGUUCCUUACACCAUGGCCAAGUUCGUCGUCUUCGAGAAGGUCAACGAGGCCAUCUACACCGUCGUCGACAAGAGCAAGACCUCUUCUGGCAUGCAGACCUUCUACAACCUGAGCUCCGGUCUGAUGGCUGGUUUCGCCGCUGCCAUCAUCUCGCAGCCUGCCGACACUAUGCUCUCCAGGAUCAACAAGACCAAGGGCCUGCCCGGAGAGGGAACCACCAGCCGUCUGAUCAAGAUCGCCAAGGAGCUUGGUGUCCGUGGUUCUUUCGGUGGUAUCGGUGCUCGUCUCUUCAUGGUCGGUACUUUGACUGCUGGACAGUUCGCAAUUUAUGGAGAUAUCAAGAAGGCGCUAGGAGCCACAGGAGGCGUAGAAAUUGCGAAGACGAACUGAUUUUCGAGCAGAAAAUAGACGGGGAGUUGAUAGUUUUGCGGUUCUGAGAUUUCGCAUUGGAUGUAACAAGUUCUUUUCAGUUUUUCCGGCUAGCAAUGUACACUAUCAGGCUUAUUGUGGGCGUCUCAAAAUGUGGGCCUAUUGUCGUGGAUAGAGUAUAUUCCAUGUAGUCAGAAUUUUACUUUGUUCCCUGUG